GGGAAAGAAAUACUUGCUCAAUCCAGUCUACGUCCGGGGUUUUGACGUCACGCGCAUGAGCAUUAAUGUUUCUUUUGGACUUAGUCUCACGCUAACAUAAAUUGCAUUGUUCACUGUUGAAUUCAUUUAUUAGUUAAGAUUUAUAAAAAAUGAAUGAAGUUGGAAGCGAUUUCUAUUCAUCUAGCCAGAGUCCAACGACACCGGUUUCGUCUGUGCCCAACGAUAUUUCAGCUCGUCCAUGCGGUGAUACACUAAAAACAAUGAACCCUACUCCUAAUGGCUAUAGCAGUGUUCCCAAUCACAAACCAAAGGUAGAAGGGCAAGAGGUUGUAAAAAAACAGCAUCACGACUCCAGCAAAAACUCCGAUCAUCACAAACAUAGUUCCGAUCACGUCAAAAAGAAAGAAAGUGAUCAUUCAUCAUCAAAAUCCAAAGAAUCUUCCAAAGACAGUUCCAAGCACGACUCAAAAGAACAUCACAAAGAGAAAAAACAUAAAGAGCAUUCUCAUAAAGAACAUUCUAAAACCAAAGAUGGCAGUAGCAAGCAUUCUGAAUCGUCUAACCAUAGCUCGGCAAAAAAAGAAGACAAGGUGAAAUCUGACUCUGUUAAAAAAGAGCAUAGCAGUAGUUCGAGUGAAAAGCCAAAAUCUGAUAAUUUUAAAGAAAAUGAAAAAAUUAAGAAUGGUUCAAAGGAGUCCAAACACAAAGAAUCAAAAGAUAAACAUAAAGAUAAGCACAAGGACAAAUCCCAUAAGGAUAAGAGUAGCUCUAAAUCAAAUGAGAGUGAAGCAAAAGAAAAGGUAAAAGAAAAACAUAGUGAUCACAAAGAAAAACACAGUGAAAAAAGCAAAGAGAAACAUAAAGAUAAGCAUGGUGAAAAAAGCAAAGAGAAGCAUAGUGAUAAGCAUAAGAGUGAGAAGAAUAAGGAAAGUGAGAAACAUAAAGACAGUGAAAAGCACAAACAUGGUGAAAAACACAAAGAUAAAGCUGUUAAAGUGAAAACUGAAGAUUCUGUUGUAGGUAGUCCAUCUAAUAAUUCCGUUUCCAAAAGUAAAGUGAAAGAAGAGCCUAUGAGUGAAGAUGAAAUGCCUUUAUCUCAGCAUAUUGAAAUGAGCAAUUCAAUAAAAAGAGAACUAGAUGAAUCAGAAGAUGAGAAGCCCAAGCCAAAGAAAAAAGUGAAAGCUGAAAAGAAAAGAAAAGCUGAUAGUGAUGACGAGGAUGAUGAGGACUAUGGUUCAAAAAAACCUGUGAAGAAAGUCAAGAAAGAAAAAGUUGAAAAACCAGUUAAAGGCAAAGCUAAAGUUAAAGUAGAGCCUGAAACAUUUAGUCCCAAAAAGAAAGGGAAAAAAGAAGAGGAACAAGAUGUGUGGAAAUGGUGGGAAGAAGAAAAGCUGGAGGAUGGAAUUAAGUGGAAAACAUUAUCACAUAUGGGACCAGUGUUUGCUCCUCCAUAUGAAAGAGUUCCAAAAAAUGUGAAGUUUUAUUACGAUGGUAAACACAUGGUUCUAAGUGAAGUAGCCGAAGAAGUUGCCGGUUUUUAUGGAAGAAUGCUUGACCAUGAAUAUACUUCUAAAGAAGUUUUUAAUACUAAUUUUUUUAAGGAUUGGAGGAAGGUGAUGACCCCUGAAGAAAAAGAGAUCCUUAAAGAUCUUUCUAAGUGCAACUUCAAUGACUUCAAUGUUUAUUACAAACGAAAAUCAGAAGAAAGGAAGGCUAUGACAAAGGAAGAAAAACUUGCAAUAAAAAAAGAAAAUGAAGAACUUACUGCUAAAUAUGGUUUUUGCAUCAUUGAUGGUCACAAACAAAAAAUAGGCAACUUUAAAAUUGAACCACCUGGUCUUUUCAGAGGCCGUGGAGAACAUCCCAAAAUGGGAAUGCUGAAACGUCGCAUAGAAGCUGAAGAUAUUUUAAUUAAUAUUGGAAAGGAAGCAAAAGUUCCUGAACCUCCUCCUGGCCAUAAAUGGAAAGAAGUUCGUCAUGACAACACAGUCUCUUGGCUUGCUAGUUGGAAUGAAAAUAUUCUUGGCUCAACUAAGUACAUUAUGUUGAAUCCAAGCUCAAAAUUAAAGGGAGAAAAAGAUUGGCAAAAAUAUGAAACAGCUCGUAAACUUAAAUCCCAUGCUCAUCGCAUAAGAGAAGAGUAUACCAGAGAUUUUAAGUCGAAGGAAAUGAGAGUCAGACAGCGAGCUGUUGCUCUGUAUUUUAUUGACAAACUUGCAUUGAGAGCUGGUAAUGAGAAAGAUGAAGAUACUGCUGACACAGUAGGCUGUUGCUCAUUGCGAGUUGAACAUAUUACUUUAGACGAUGAAAAAGAUGGCCAAGAAUAUGUUGUUACUUUUGAUUUUCUUGGUAAAGAUUCUAUAAGGUAUUAUAAUUCUGUAGCUGUAGAGAAGAGAGCUUACAAGAAUUUGAAACUUUUUAUGGAAAAUAAGCAGCCUGGUGAUGAUUUGUUUGAUCGUCUCAAUACAUCCAUUCUUAACAAGUAUCUUAAUGAUCUCAUGGAAGGCUUAACUGCCAAGGUCUUCCGUACAUAUAAUGCAUCCAAAACUUUGCAAGAGCAACUGGAUCUUUUAACUAAGGAGGACAUGUCUAUACCCGAAAAAAUUUUGGCAUAUAAUAGAGCUAAUAGAGAAGUUGCCAUCCUGUGUAACCAUCAACGUGCUGUACCCAAAGGCUUCGACAAAUCUAUGGAAAACUUAAAAACAAAAAUUGAUGACAAAGAAAGACAAAUUAAAGAUUUUAAGAAAGAGCUUAAGGAAGCAAAGCAAGCUGCCAAAAAUGGAAACUCAAAAGAUAAAAUGCUUUUUGACAAGAAAAAGAAACGACUUGCCCAACUUGAAGAUCAACUAAAAAAAUUGGAAAUCCAAGCUACAGAUCGUGAAGAAAAUAAACAGAUAGCACUGGGGACAUCUAAGCUAAAUUAUUUGGAUCCAAGAAUCAGUGUUGCCUGGUGCAAAAAGUAUGGUGUCCCCAUUGAGAAAGUCUACAACAAAACACAAAGAGACAAAUUUAGAUGGGCAAUUGAAAUGGCAGGCCCAGAUUACAAGUUUUGAUGUAAAUUUGUCAGCCUCCUUCAUAAUCGUAUAUGGGGCUGACUUUGAGUUAGCUGUAAAUGAAAAGUGUCUUGCCUUUCAUCUGUGUGUUGUAUUAUGGAUCACUCGUUUAGCCAUAUAGUAACUGUAGAAAAACUUGCAUUUUACAGGCACCAUUCCAUAUUUGUUGCCUAAACUGCCUGUGUCAGCUAACUUUUUUUGCAAUUCCAAAGGGUUUGGACCUUGGAAGAAUUCAUGAAUUCUUCUUUUUAUUUGGAAGAGGACGUUUAUGUGUCAUUGCAACAUUCCCAAAUCAAUGAAUAUGGGAAGUGUUCAUCAAUCAUCGAUUAUGAACUGUGAGCAUGCCUAUUUUUAAUUUACAUUUUGUUCAUGCGGUUAAUUUUGUGUUGCAAAGAAAAAUAAUAAACAAAAACAUUCUUAAAUAUUGAAAUAAAACAUAUCUCAAGCCAAUGAUUAUCAUCCAUAAUUGUAUUUAAAUCUGUUGAAAAUAAAUCAUCUUUCUGAUUCCUAAAGUUCUGUGAAAAUUAUUAUUACUGAAGUAUUUUCAGUGUAUUUAGUAUGUCAUAACUAAUCAAUGUAACAAUACUUUUAAUUGUUAUGGUAAAUAGUGGGAAAAGUUUUUAAGAAUUAAAUGUCGUAUUUCUGUUGAAAUUGUUUAGCAUCACCAUUGUAACAACAAUCUAUUGUCCUUAAAUCCUUUUCUGCUUUGAAAAAAUGGAUUGUUUUUGUAUAUUACAUAAUUUUGAAAAAUUGAAUGUGUUCUAUUUAUUAUCUAUGUAUUUUGGGAUUUAAAACUGUUACCAAUGUGUUGUCUAAUUUAUUUUUAGUAUUUUUAUUAGUUUUCUUUAGUUAUUUACUUUUUUUAUGAUUAAUUGUAAAUUGCUUCACAGACAUAUUUAAUCAUAUAAAACCAGAGUAGCUGCUCAUUUUUAUAUUGUUUCUGUUAUCAUGCACGUCUAAACAUUUGUUAUAUAAUUGUAGUACUUUUUUUCUCAUUAAUUUCGCUACAUUUAUUUCAAUGUAUUGUCUAUCUUAAAUUUUUACCUUCAUGACUUUUAAAUAAUGCUUUCGACAAAGGAUGCAGUUAAAGUUUGCUAGUUAGCUACAAAUUUUAAAUAUUUUUUUUUCACUGAGAAACUUGCUGAUAAUAACUUAAUAUAAUUAUAUAUAUUUUUAUUUUAUAUCCAUAUAUUGUGACAGAAUUAAAAAAUUCUUACUUUUACCUGUAAGUUUAAAAUUUUUGUAAUUUAGGAUGUACUUUUGAAUGACUACUUAACAAGAUUGAUAUACCUUUAGAAGAUUACAACCUCAAGAGGAUGCUAUGUCACUGAAGAAACAGAUCAAAUAAUGUUUCGCAUGAUAAAAAAUUUUGUCAAAAUUCAAAUCGAUUAUUGAAAUAUUACUUCCAUACUCUAUCAGUGCUGAACUAUUGUCGACCUGAGUUUCAGGUACCCCCACUUUACAAAACAGGGCCUGUGCUAAGCAUUUUCCACCUUGUUAAAUACUAUAAAAUUGUAAAUUCUAUUGUAUUUGCGAAAGUAUUGGCAAACAAUUACCUAUUGGUAACUACACCCGAAAAAAUCUGGGAAGUCUUGUAUUUGCUCAUCCGUGAGGAAAACUGUCAGUUAUACCCAGAAAAUAAAUCAGACAGCUAUUUUCAUCAUUUCCUACUUAUGACGUCACAUAAAAAUUUCUGCUUUUGCACAUUGUGUGAGAGUUUGAUUUUACCACCGCAUGGAAAGUGGUGUUUUUUAGUUUUAUUCGGCUAACUUUCCUGUUACGUUACUGCAUGAACUGGGUAGUUAACACAAGUUUAUAGAUGUGCAAAAGGCAUGUUCUUCCCCACCGGGAAAAUGACUUUCAUUUUGAAAAAUGUUAGUGUUUUCCCUUUCAAAAUUUUUCGGGUCCCCCAGAACUAGCAGGGUUGCCAAAAUUGCGAUCGAUUUUUAAAAAUUAGUGUACAAAAAACGCAAUUCCACAUAAGCAAGAACACUGCGUAAUCUUAAAUAUCUUGUCUUAAUUUGUUUGCAUUUUAAUAAAAAAAAAUUUUAAGCAUUUGGAACUUCAAAGUUUACUCUGAUUUAGCCAAAAUCACUUUUUCUACACUUUUAUUUGCUUAUGAAGGAAAAAGAGAUUUUAUCAUGAAGAAUGUUUCUUGGGUAUAGUGUCCUCUUAGUUCGUUGGAUUAUAAAGUAAAUGAAUCGUAAACAUAAAUAAGCAAUUUUGGAGCUUCAUCUGUAAAUCAAUAGUUUGUAGUAUUUUAUAUGCUGAUGCAAUAUUUAAAUUAUGUUAUUAAGCAUGAAAAUCAGUUAUUUAAAUUUUAUUUAUUUAUUUUCUGUACAGAAUGUUGGAAGAAACUUCUUUUUUUUUUUAUACAUAAGUGAUGAAAUGAUUGUAAAAAUGAUCAGAUGUUACCUCACUUAAUGUAAAAUACAAUGUAAGCACUCAAGUGUAAAAGACAAAUGCACUUGACCUGUAGAUCUUAUGAUUUUUAUGAAACAGUGAAUGAUGUGAUUGUGGCAAUGUAAGCUGUUAAACUGAGAUUGUAUAAUAAAACUAUGAACUUUUAAA